AACGUUCCUUAUCCAUUAUUGGUACAAUUCAAUCCAGCCAGAAAUUAUAGAUAUUUAAAAUAAGAGUUUCGGGCUUCAACUAAAAGCUAAAUUAGAAAAUGUGGAAUAUUUUAAAGCACCCGGCGAAGAUUUUAGAUGGUAUUUAAUGCUUAAAUGUUCUAACUGUGGGGAAGAAUUAAAACAAUGGUGUUACUUAUCAAUUGAAGAAUCCAAGGAGAUAAGUAGUGGCAGAGGCUAUGCUAAUUUAGUCAUUAAAUGUAAAUUUUGCUCAAGAGAAAAUUCAAUAAGUAUAACAAAUAAUGUGCCACAUAAAUAUGAUGAGGAAGAUGAAAGGUAUAAGACAUUUGCUAUCUUUGAAUGUAGAGGGAUUGAACCUAUUGGCUUUUCACCUAGAGAGGGAUUUUUGGCUAAAAGUUCUGAAAGUGAAACUACAUUUGAUAAUAUAUCCUUGAAGGAAAAUGAAUGGGUAGACUAUGACGAAAAGGCCGGGUGUGCUGUCGGAAUCUACGAUUUAGAAUCUAAAUUUAUCAGAUUAUGAAAACGAUUAUUUAUUUAUUAAAUUGAAUAUAUAUUUUUAUCGAAUAUUAUGUUUGAUUUAUAAUUAUAUUUUAUUUUUAAAUAAGUUUAAUUAAAUUGCGAUUUUUAUUGUAAUUUUUUUUUCCAUAUGAAAA